AUGCUCGCUAUUUGCGGACGUCUUCUGCUGCGUGCGGCCCCCCUCCCCCCCUUCCGACCAUCCCCCGCAACCCCUCGCAGCCCCCUCACUACGACGUACCAGGGGCGCAUGAGUUGCGGGGAGGUGCGCCCGCGACGUGUGACAGAUGGCUACAAGGCGCUGGCGCAUUCGCAGCCGCUGCGAGCCUCGCCAGGAAUCCCGGUGCGAGGAAAGCUGAUC